CUAAAAUUUUCUUGUUCUGAAAUAAUCCCAUUCUUUUCCAGAUUCACUGGUGCUUGUCUCGAUGCGCCAAAUUGGUGCAUAGUAACAGAAUACUGUCCCAAAGGAUCGUUAGAAGAUAUACUGGAAAACGAUCAAAUCAAACUUGACAACAUGAUGAAAUACUCUCUGUUACACGAUUUAGUCAAGGGUCUAUACUUCCUUCACAAUAGCGAAAUUCGAUCCCAUGGUCGAUUAAAAUCGUCAAACUGUGUGGUUGACAGCCGUUUUGUGCUAAAG